AGCCGUCUGGUGCAGCCACCAGUCAAACUUUAAAGCCCUUGAACCAGCUCUCUAGCUAGCUGAUCCCUCUUUCACACCAGUCAGUACUACUAGCUAGGCCGGUAGAGCCAUGGCGAGCUGCAGCGAGGUGCACAAGUCUCUGCAGGCCGUGGCGCAAGGGCUGCGGUGGACGUACGCCCUCCUCUGGCAACUCUGCCCCGACCAAGGGGCGCUGCUGUGGGCGGAGGGGCACUACAACGGGGCCAUAAAGACGCGCAAGACGGUGCAGCAGGCUCAUGGAGCGCCGGCGCCGGCGCCUGCGGAGGCGGCCGACCAGGCGGCGCGGCACCGGAGCCGGCAGCUGAAGGAGCUCUUCGAGUCGCUGGCCAGGGAGGCAGCUGCUGCCGGUGGGAUGAUGACAGGCUGCAGGGUUGACGCCGUCCAGGCAGAGUCGGCGGCGCGGCGGCCCACGGCGGCGCUGGCGCCGGAGGACCUGACGGAGACGGAGUGGUUCUAUCUCAUGUGCGCCUCCUACUCCUUCCCUCCCCACGUCGGGUUACCCGGAAGAGCAUUUGCAAAGGGAGGGCAUGUAUGGCUCUGUAGGGCAAAUGAAGUUGACAGCAAGGUCUUCUCAAGAGCAAUUCUUGCCAAGAGUGCAGGAAUCCAAACAGUCGUAUGCAUUCCAAUUGUUGAUGGUGUCCUGGAAAUCGGGACGACAGAAAACGUGAAGGAAGACAUAAGUUUAGUUCAGUAUGCAAUGAGCAUCAUCAUGGAUCAACAAGACAUCCAGAUGAUCCCUACUAUCUCAGAGCAUUCAACUUCAGACAAAAUCUGUCACAUGUAUCAACAGUCAUUCCAAACACAGAGGAAGAUACAUGGUGGUCAGGAGAACGAAAUGGAACACGACGAUGACGACAUCGGUGCGGAGUGUGCGUCGGGUUCGGGGACCAACGCUGGAAGGAAUUACAGCCAAGAUACCCCACUGAACAUCGUGGGCAAUACUGAUGAUCAGGAAACACCCAAUGCAGGGAGCAGUGAGCUAAUGCAGCUUGAAAUUCCAGAAAAGGUGAGAGAUGGCUGCUCAAGCAACUUGGAUGAUGAAAUCCAGAUGCUAAUGGUUUGCCAGAACAGCAAUGACCAGUCCGAUUUCCAACGGCAAGAUGAGCCUUGCGACUCUUGGCAUUUUCUCUAUGAGGAGUUAUGCAGUGGCUACCCUCAGUCGUCAGCAGGUGAAAAUCAGGACAUGGUACUCCAACCCGAAAACGCGCACUACACAGAAACAGUCAUGUCGAUCCUACAGCGCAACACGCGCCGACAAGCCGCCGGCACGAGCACCAGGUCCUACGUGGCAGCAUCGCACCAAUCAUCAUUCUCCACGUGGCAUCCUACCAUGCUGCAGCAGGGACGCACGGCCACCGGAGCCGGAGGCACAACCCCACAGAGGAUGCUCCGGAGCGUCCUGUUCAACAAUGCUGCCGCAAGCGGCCACGGCAAGCCGGCCGAUGACUUUCCGAGGGGCGGCGGGCCGCGGAGAGAGGCGGCAGACUUGAGCGCCAACCAUGUCCUGCAGGAGCGGAAACGAAGGGAGAAGCUCAACGAGAGGUUCAUCAUCCUCCGGUCCCUGGUACCCUUCGUGACCAAGAUGGACAAGGCGUCGAUCCUGGGGGACACGAUCGAGUACGUGAAGCAGCUGAGGAGCCGCAUCCAGGACCUCGAAUCAUCAUCGACCAGGCAGCAGCAGCAGGUAGUUCACGGCUGCGGCGGCCUGACGGCGGCGGCGGAUCAGGCGAGGAGCGCGAAGCGGAAGCUGGCGACGAGGGAAGGGAGCAGCGCGAGCAGCAGCAGCGCCCCGUCGUCGUCUUCGGCCGAGGUGCAGGUGUCCAUCAUCGAGAGCGACGCGCUUCUGGAGCUCCGCUGCCCCGACAGGCGCGGGCUGCUGCUCCGGGCCAUGCAGGCGCUGCAGGACCAGCUCCGGCUCGAGAUCACGGCAGUCAGGGCCUCUUCCGACGACGGCGUGCUGCUCGCCGAACUGCGCGCCAAGGUGAGGGAGGUGCACGGGAGGAGGAGCAGCAUUUCGGAAGUCAAGAGAGCGAUCCAUCUCAUCAUCUCGUCGGGAUGAAUGUACAGAACAGAGAAUAAAUCAUGCGAGAGCGAACCGAGAAUAGCGCCACUGUUUAAACUUGAUGUACGUAAACUGAGCUCCUUGACAACGGUGCAUGUACAGGUGAACUGGGGGUAAUAUAAAUGACGAUGGCUAGCUGUGCACUGACAUCACUUGCUAAAGUAAGCAUGUUGCCUUCUAACUGUAUUGCUAUUUUCCUUUGGGUGGAGUCCGUUUUACUCACGUGAACUUUUAAGCAAGUUUAGAUCACAACUCUCCACUUGUUCUAAAUUACCCCUCUCAAUUUUUUUUUUCCGAAAAGGAGGACGUUCUCCCGGCCUGCCCCUCUCAACUCUUAAAACAGGCUAAGACUACUCUCUAACCAUGGUUUUGUCCUAUGUGGCGCCUCAUCGGCGCGUAACCAAACUACUAAUUGUGCCGGUGACGACUGGGUCGCCCAUAUCUCUCAGCCUCACCCCCGUAGCCUGGCCAGAUCCUCCUCCAUCUCCCUCCUGUAAUCGCGUCCACAACAAGAGGGCCGCAUGAAUCCAGCCCGAGAAGGUGAACGGGUUGGCUGCAUGGAUUGAGAUUGGAGAGAGACAUGGGAGAGAAGGGAGCGAUUAGGAGAUAGAAGACGAUGACAAGUGUGUGCCCAUGCCGAUCAUCCUAUAAGGAUCAAGCAUUCAGGCUCUACAUCAAAUGGUGCAUACAUCAAGAACACAAAGCAUGUAUGUAUCUCCCCGCAAUGUACCACCGCUCCCCGGCACCGCCUCCUCGGGUCCCCUCCUCUUUGUCUGCCACUCUGAUGGCAGGAGGGGGUGCCGGAUCUGCAUUGCCACGCGGUAGUUAGACCACUUAGAGAAGGAAGGGGUUGGACCCCCACUACUACAAAAAGGGUCAUCACUAACGGUCAAAAAACGUUAUCAGUAACGGGCGAACCGCCCGUCACUAACUUGCUGCCAGUAAUGUGGGGUACAUCAGUGACGGGCGGGCAGCCCGUUAGUGAUGCUAUAUGCCAUCAGUAACGGUCACAGUAUCAAGCCCGUCACUGAUGUCCUUUUUGACAUUUAAAAAAAAAGUGGGCCACAGCCCGCACACGAUGAAUCAACAAAUCACAAAUCAACAAUUUAGUCCAACAAAUUGGUGAUUUAAUCCACGAAUCAUAUACAACAUACAACAAAUCACAAAAAAGAUCACAAAACGCGGUUUCGGUUGGCUGUAGACGCGCCCGUACAGCGGGCAGAUGUGCGAGGAUCCACUGCCACCGCAUGGAAUUCGAUGACAACGCCGGCCUUGUCUCCACGGCGGCGAUGAUCUGCUGCCCUGCAAGAGAGAUGGAGGGAGAGAGAGAGAGAACCUUACCGGCGGCGAAGGGGCCGGGGCGGCCGGAUCAGGAGGCGGCGGGGUCG